AUGGCAGAUGGGCUUCACCUACAACAUUUGCAAUUGCUCGCCACUAGAAGCCGAGGCCUGGGCCCUUUUGAAAGCAAUUGCUCGCCACUAGAAGCCGAGGCCUGGGCCCUUUUGAAAGGUAUCCAAAUAGCAACAUCAAUGGGCUUUAGAAGGGCAGUGUUCGAAAGUGACUCAGAGGAAAUCAUAAGGUACAUGAACAGAGUCGACAGACCGAGGACGGCGGCUCACAACAUCCUAGAGACCUGCAAGAAGGAGUUGCGAAACAUGGAAAUAUGGCAGGUUGAGCUAAUAGUUCGGGACCAAAAUCAAGUAGCGGACGCCCUUGCAAAGAUCUCUGCCCGUUACUCGCUUGGUCUGCAUAUUCUUUGGAAACCACCCGAUGAGGUAUUAGGCCUUAUUGAGGAUGAUAGUGCUGGUGUGCCAAGAUGGCGUGAGACUCUUAGCUCUAGUUAA